AUGGAUUAUUAUGGGAGAUUACAACCAGAAUUAAAGUCAAAAGGAUUACAUUUCACAUGGUCCAAUCGAAGAGAAGAGCAUGUAAACACCUGGGAAAGACUUGACAGGGCUUUUGCCAACCCAGAAUGGUUUGAAAUCUUUGAAGACGACUUUGUGGAGAAUUUGCCUAUCACUGUUUCGGAUCACAGUCCUUUGAUUUUGCAGUUGGACAAGAAAUCUGAGUUCAGAAAACGCCCCUACAGAUUUGAGAUCAUGCGGACAACCCAUCCACAAUGCCAAAAUAGAAAGAAAAGGCUAGAAAGUGAAUUAGCAGCUGUACAAAGCAACCCUUUUGCACCUGGAAAUGUUACAAAAGAAAAGGAACUGAGGAAAGAUAUGGAACUUGUGCUUGAGCAGGAGCAACUACUUUGGCUGCAAAAGUCGAGAGCCAACUGGUAUGUAAAAGGAGAAAGAAACACCAGGUUUUUUCAUGUUUCAACAAAGAAGAGAAGAGCAAGAAAUCGGAUCCUGAGAAUCAAAAGGAAAGAUGGAAGAUACUUUGAAGAGCCUGGUGAUAUUGAAAAAGCAUUUCUGGAUCACUUCAAAGACAUCUUCUCCUCACAUAAUGAUGCUUCAAUGGAGCAGAUUCAAGAUGUCUUGGAAAAUUUAUCAAUACCAGCAUUGUCAGAGGAUCAUAUUGAGAUUCUUAACAGGCCGUUCAAGGAAGAUGAAGAGAUGAACAGAACUUUAAUCACACUCAUACCCAAGAAGAAAACACCAGAGGAGGUUUUCGACUUCAGACCAAUAAACUUGUGCAACACCACAUACAAGCUUAUCUCCAAAAUGAUGGUCAACAGACUGAAAUUGAUCCUUAAUGAGGUAAUAUCCCCUUUCCAAAGUGCUUUUAUAAAAGGGAGGAACAUAUCUGAUAAUAUAAUUCUGGGAAGUGAGCUGUUGGAUACCAUUAUGAAGAAAAAGAAGGGGAAGGACUAUUUGGCUGCUCUGAAGCUUGAUAUGAACAAGGCUUAUGACCGUAUAAGCUGGACUUUCAUUGAAGUUGUCCUUCAAAAGAUGAAUUUCCCACCUCAGUGGAUUCAGUUUGUUAAGCAAUGUGAGAGAAUCAAUGGGAACAAAUCAGAUUUACUUCUUAGUCCAAAUUGCCCUAAAAAUAAAAGAAGAUGGUUCAAAGGCAUUUUGGGCUAUAACCUUGUUAACAAACCAGGAAGAUAUUUGGGAAUGGAUAUGGGAUUAUUAAGGAAACGAAUAGUGUUCUUCCAGGAAGUUAUUGAUAAGCUAAACUCGAGACUACAAGGGUGGAAAUCAAAGUUGUUAUCGUCGGGAGGAAGGCUGACCUUAGUCAAAUCAACUCUUGCUAGUAUGCCUAACUACUUAUUAUCCACUUUUAAAGCUCCAGCCAAUGUGUGCAACAAAAUGGACAGAACUAUAAGAAAUUUCUGGUGGGGGCAUGAUGACCAUAAAAGGAAGAUGCAUCUUAAAAGUUGGGACUUUGUUUGUAGACCUAAAAGUGUAGGUGGUUUGGGUAUCCGGAAGACUGAGGAUAUGAACAGAGCAUUCUUAAGCAAACAGGCGUGGAAGAUCAUCACAGAGCUAGAUGCAUUAACUUCAAAACAGCUCAGAAGCAAAUAUUGUAGAAAAUGGGAUUUUGAAGUAGUGCAGGCAAAACAAGGUGACACAUGGAUCUGGAAAAGCAUUUUGGAAGGUAGGGAUGUUUGUUUAAAGGGAUUGGAUGUACAAAUAAGACAGGGAGACAAAGUUUACAUACAAGAUGGGAGAAUUAGGAAAAACCAUGAACUACAACAGGGGAAUGGCAAUGCAAUCCCUGUCAAAUCUCUGCUCUGUUUACGGGAACAUAAGUGGCAGGAGUGGUUGGCGCAAGGAUUACUUGAACCUGAGGAUCUCAAUGAGCUAAUUCAUAAAGAAGCUUCCUUUUAUGAGGGGGAAGAUCGUUUUGUGUGGAAAUUUGACAAGCGAGGUAAAUUCUCAGUCAGGGCAGCUUAUGAUCUUAUUAGUAAGGAAAACCAUGGAGGUGAAUGGGACUACUCUAAAGAAACAGAAUGGAAGACUUUGUGGAAAUUGAAGGUCCCAUACAAGUUGGUGAUAUUCCUAUGGAAAAUCUGCAACAACUGUCUACCAGUAAGGGCUGAACUUAAAAGGAGAGGUUUUAACAUUGAUGACAGAUGUAAUUUAUGCCACGAAGGGAUGGAAACCAUCGAUCAUCUUUUUUGGCAUUGUCCGUUUGCAAAGGCAAUCUGGUUUAGCUCAUCUCUGGGACUUAGAACGGAAGCUUUUGUGGAGGUUAAUAUUGGACAGUGGAUCUUACAAUGGCUCAGGAACAGCGACUGCCUAAUGGAUGGAAAUAAUUGGUUUACACUGGAAUGGGUUCUGGCUUUAUGGUUUAUUUGGGUGCAGAGGAACGAGAGCUUUUUCAAGGGAGUUCAACCUGAUGCAAACGCCAAGAGGAAAAGAAUCAAUGGCUAUGCAGCAAAAAUCACGGAAGCUUUUAAAAGGGAGAAAGAGACACAACAAAAAGAACGGAGAUCAGAGACUCAUAGAGGAAACGAUAUUAUUCAAGGUGUUCCAUUUCUUGGUGAGAAUCAUUGGUUGAUUUUUUGGGAGAUUGAUAAGAAACCUGGAAACAACUGGUUUGGAACCAGCAUGAUAGCAAGGAAUUAUCAGGGAGAAACAAUGGUGAUAGCCAAGAGCUUCAAGGCAGCAAACAAAUCUGUUGCUAGACUGUUACUUGUAAGACUCUCUCUUAAAAGACUCAAUGAAGCCGGUGCUAAUGUUUUAUGGUGUAGAUCAAAUAGGAACAAUUGGAAAGCAGCAGUCCAAGGCUUAACAUUUGUCAAUUGGUAG